AUGGCACGAGUUGGACGCGUCGGGUUCCUUGGAACUGCGAUCGUGUUCCAUGUGGUUUAUAUCUAUUCCAUCUUCGACAUCUACUUUGUGUCGCCAAUUGUACAUGGAAUGCGUGCAUACAGAGUCGAUAUACCUGAACCACCCGCCAGGCGAUUGGUUCUCGUCGCAGGUGAUGGACUCCGAGCCGACAAGGCGUUCCAAUUCUUUCCCGACCCUUCAAGACCGGCAAAUGAUCCUUCUGCGCAGGACGUUGUCCCCAUGGCCCCUUUCCACUCUCGAGUCCUUGAACACGGCACUUUUGGCGUCUCACACCCGUGUCCCCACUGA